UCUGCGUGACAGGGUGGCUGGUCAAAAUGGGCAUCCUGUGGAGUAGCUUUAAGACUUUUGUGCCUUUGAAAAUGAGGGAGUAUAUCAAAGACUACAGCAAGAGGAAUGGCCUCCUGACGCUGUCCGUGUUUGCGGUGGUCACCGGCUGUGUCCUGGGCUUCUUCCUCCGCUCCCUCAACCUCUCCACUCAGGCAAAGAUCUACUUCUCUUUCCCUGGAGAGCUGCUCAUGAGGAUGUUAAAGAUGUUGAUUCUGCCUCUCAUCACCUCCAGCCUUAUGUCGGGUCUCUCGGCCAUGGACACCAAAGCCAGUGGUCGUCUGGGGGUCCUAACCAUCACGUAUUACCUGUGGACCACCUUCAUCGCGGUGAUUGUGGGGAUCAUUCUGGUGCUCAUCAUUCAUCCCGGGAAAGGCUCAGAGAAGGAGAACCAUCACGCCCACUCCGGCCCUGUCAUGACCUCCGCCGACGCACUGCUCGACCUCAUCAGAAAUAUGAUCCCUUCAAAUCUCGUUGAGGCCACAUUUCAACAGUACCGCACAGACCUUAUUCCGAUGGUGCAAAACAGCGACGUGGACAACUCUCAGGCCAAUUUUGUGUACGUGAUGCCGGAUUACCACAACCCUCAGCUGGGACAUCCCGUGUUCUUAGAGAUCACUCCUGCUCCCGACAUCAAAUACAAGAUGGUCCCCAGCACCAGCAAAGGCAUGAACGUACUGGGCAUCGUCAUCUUCUCUGCCACCAUGGGACUGCUUCUGGGUAAAAUGGGUGAGCGUGGAGCCCCUCUGGUGAACGUGUGCCAGUGCAUCAACGAGUGCGUCAUGAAGAUUAUUAAUGCUGCCAUGUGGUAUUUCCCGUUUGGCAUUGUGUUCCUGGUUGCUGGUAAGAUUCUGGACAUGCACGAUCCGGCUCACCUGGGCGAGAAACUGGGGAUGUACUUCAUCACAGUACUGUCUGGACUCUUUGUACACGGACUCAUCCUACUGCCGCUGUUCUUCUUCUUCUUCACUCGGAAAAACCCCUUCUCCUACAUCCGGGGACUUCUGCAAGCUCUGGUCAUCGCUUUGGCAACGUCAUCCAGCUCGGCCACAUUGCCCAUCACCAUGAAGUGUCUGUUGGAGAACUGCGGCGUGGACCGGCAGAUCGCUCGCUUCGUGUUACCGGUCGGCGCCACGAUCAACAUGGACGGCACUGCGCUGUACGAAGCGGUGGCGGCCAUUUUUAUCGCUCAAGUCAAUGAAUACGACCUGGACUUUGGUCAACUGGUGACUAUUAGUAUCACUGCCACAGCAGCCAGUAUCGGGGCGGCCGGGAUCCCUCAGGCUGGACUGGUUACCAUGGUGAUAGUCUUGACCUCGGUGGGCUUACCUCCGGCCGAUAUCUCCCUCAUCGUGGCCAUCGACUGGGUCCUUGAUCGUUUCCGGACCAUGAUAAACGUCCUUGGAGAUGCGCUGGCGGCCGGGAUCAUGGCUCACGUGUGUCGGAAGGACUUUGAGCGAGCGGCUUCAGCUGCAGCCUCGACUGCAGGAAGUAGAAGAGGCUCCAAACGGAGAGACACUGUCAUUUCCGUGGGGACCCAGAGUGUGGCCCUGUCUGACGCUCCUCUGCUGCCUCAUAAGUGUGAUUAUGUUUAUGACGUGGAUGGAGACAGCGUAGUGGAGCGGCCCGUGCCCUGUUAUAACCUCUGCCAAGUCUGAAGAACCGUG